UUGGGCCUGCUCCUCUUACAGCUUACAGUAAAGUUUAUUUUUAUUUACGGUUGUUAUUGUGUAUUCUCACUCAUUUUCAUCUUUCGUGGUGUGAAUACUUUCGAUGUGGAUUUUCAUUUUUAUAAAUAAAUGUUUUCAUAACUUACUCUAACCUAGUAGUGUUAGGCUCAUUUGCCUAUAUUCAGUUUAAUAUCUCUAAUAGUAUAAAAUACCAAUAUGAUUGUGAAAAUUUAAAAUAAUACGUGUUUUCAAGAUUUGGGAGACGCUAAAAUCCUAUAUUAGUAGAGGAGAUGGUGUUUUAAAAACUAGGUUUAUCAGUCCCAUAAAAUUGUAAUAAUGGCAUUAGAAAAGAGCAGACGUAGCACUGCCGCUCAGUAUUUUAUGGAUGAAGAGGAGGAUGAAAGAAAUCCUAGAUCAACAGCUCAAAAGGUUGUUGAUUGGUUAAACAAAGCUAGUUUAGCGUCUUCCAGCUCCAGGAUAGAACUUCUGAGCAAAGUCCAAGAGGCUAUUGUUCAUAAAGAAGUUGACUUGUUGGAUAAUUUUCUGGAUGAAAUGUUGGCAUUUCUAACUGACAGAAAUGCUGACGUCCGAAAAUUUAUUGUCGGAUUUAUUGAGGAAGCAAGUAAAAAGGAUUGGGAUCUGUUGCCAAGAGUGUUGCCUAGUCUACAAAUGUUACUAACUGACUCCAGCCCCCAAGUCCAGAAACGAGUUAUUCAAGCAUUCAACGUUGUUUAUCGCAACAUACUCGGAUGGGUGGCUAAAGCUACUACUGUUACCGAUGACAUGACAUCUGUGUGGAACAUACAAUCAAAUAUCAAAAAAAUGAUUGUGGAUAUGGUAGACAGUGAGAACGAUGGAAUUCGAACUCAUUCAGUGAAAUUCCUUGAGACGUUAGUCUUACUGCAAACAUACCCGGAAGCAGACAGUUUAAAACGAGAAAAUGACUUUUCACUGGAAGAUAUUCCUCUAGGUUUAAAGAUAGCAAGACGAAGAAAAUUGGAAGAGGAAGCUCUAACUGUGUUUGACUUGAUGGUGAAGUUCCAUGGGUCCCCUCACAUCAGCAGUGUCAACCUCAUGGCUUGUAUGGGCUCUCUUACAUUGAUUGCAAAGAUGAGGCCUCAGUUCAUGGGCAAGGUGGUUGCUGCCCUUGAAACUCUCCAUACUAAUCUUCCACCCACCCUCUCCAAGUCUCAAGUGAGUUCUGUGCGGAAACACCUGAAGCUGCAGUUAUUGACAUUGCUGAAGCACCCUGCAGCUGUAGAUUUUUUGCAGAACAUCACAACACUGCUCACUGAUCUCGGAGCCACAUAUCAUGAGGUGAUGAAGUCCUAUCCCAAGACAGAUGAGAUACGGAAGCGUAUCAAACGGUCAGCAACAGGAGCACUUGAGACUGUGUCAGCCAAGAAGCCCAAGGUGGUGGUGGACACUGCGGCAGUGCCGUUGCCUGCCGUUGUUACAGAGACUGCCAUAGACCUAACAGAACAGUACAUCAUGGAGCGGAUGUGUCCCGAGCUGGCCACCGACAUGGUCAUCAUGGCUAUGGACAAUGUGCCAGACGCGAUGCCACCAUUGUUUGCUGCCAUCUACACACCGAUUGCUGCAGCCGGAACGCAGGGUCAGAUAAAGCAUGUGGCCAGGCUGUUGGCUACUCAGCUUAAUGCUGUGGGGCUGGGCCCCGGCGCAGCAUUGGCGAAAUCUACUCCAGUGUUAAGAGAUGAUGACGAGGAUGAGGAAGAAGACAAACAGAGGAUUGCCACGUUGGUGCAAGGUGUGGUGGGAGGUCCCCCUCCUGCUGUGCCUCCACCCCCUACCCUCAACCUAUCCAAUAUCAAACACCCCAAGCGCAGAGCUCUCAAGCUAUCAGAGAUCACCCGACCCAUGGAUGAAAGGAAAAGACAGAAGAUGACGGUGGAUGCUGUCAGGAGAAUAUUACGGACAGAGAAGAAUGCUUUAUUCGGUGGUGUAUUUCCCUUGUACACAAAAAUGGUUGCUACCCUGGGGACAACAUCUGGUGAAGAUGUCAAGCAAACUGUCCUUGAGUUUAUAAUGGAAGAUCUGCGCAAGAGGUUACACCUGGCGUUGGCCUGGCUGUACGAGGAGUACAGCUACAUGCAGGGGUUUAACAGGCUGCCACCGGCUCUCAAGACCAAGAACUACAACCCUGAGGUGAACUACAGUAGCCUACUGCGCAACCUCAUUAGUGCCAUCAUUCACCGGCCCGAUAUCAAGGAUAGGGAAACGCUUUUAUACAGGGUGUACCUGGAGGCUCCCAUGAUAACAGAUGAAGCUAUUGAAAUACUGAAGGAGCUCUGUUCCACCGAGGUGGUGUGUCUGGCUAUACUACAGGAGAUGGUAGUACGACGUCCUCCACGCUUCCUUAUGUACAUCAAUGCUCUUCUUAUUCACACAUCACAUGAGAACCAGGAUGUGCGAGAGACAGCCAUCAACUGUAUCGAUGCACUCUACAAACGCAGUGACCUGCAGUCUAUCAUCGAGGAAUACGCAAUUCUGUACUUGACGUUCCUGCGAUUACCCAAGCCUCCAGAAGUCCUGUUUGGUCCCGACAAGGGGCGGCCAGAGCGUUCCGAGUACUGGACUGAGGAGGCCAUUCGAGCCUGUCUUUACCUCUACCUGGUUCUGCUUCCCAUCAAACAGGAGCUCAUUCAUGAGUUGGCGGCUACGUACGUACUCACUGGUGCAGAUGUGAAGAGAACAAUACUACGUGUGGUGGAGCAGCCAAUACGUAAAAUGGGCAUGCACUCUCCGCAGCUACUGAAACUGGUUGAAGACUGUCCCAAAGGCUCAGAAACUCUUGUCACGAGGAUCAUCCAUAUACUCACUGACAAGUCACCUCCCAGUGGGGAACUAGUUGCCCGGGUGAGGGAGUUGUAUCAAUCCCGGGUGUCAGAUGUCCGGUUCCUAAUUCCUGUUCUCAACGGUCUUCCAAAACAAGAAAUCAUCGCUGCACUUCCAAAACUGAUCAAGCUGAACCCAAUAGUUGUCAAAGAGGUGUUCAACAGACUAGUUGGGUCUCACACAGAGCACUCCUCCCCCAUCAGUCCCACAGAUCUGCUCGUAGCCCUCCACACCAUUGACCCCAACAAGUGUGAGCUCAAGACUGUCAUAAAAGCAACGUCACUUUGUUUUGCUGAGAAGCAGGCGUACACACAGGAGAUCCUGGCGAUUGUGAUCCAACAGCUGAUGGAGAUCACUCCCCUGCCUACGUUGCUGAUGCGGACUGUCAUACAGUCCUUGAGUCUGUAUCCUCGUCUCAUUGGCUUUGUCAUGAAUGUUUUGCAAAGACUCAUCCUUAAACAGGUCUGGAAACAAAAGAAAGUAUGGGAAGGCUUCAUCAAAUGCUGCCAACGCACAAAACCACAAAGUUUCCAGGUACUUCUGCAGUUGCCGGCACCUCAGUUGGCAGAUGUGCUGGAGAACUCCCCUGACUUGCGACAGCCCUUGCACGAGCAUGUACUCAGCUUCACUGACACUCAGAGAGCUUAUAUUCCUCAGCCUGUGAUGGAUAUACUUAUGGGAGCUCCAACCACACAAUUUGAGGAGUUCAGUGUAAAACAAGAACCGAGCUCACCUCCAGAUCUAACGAUUGACAUCAAGGAAGAGCCUCAAGAAGAUGUGGAGCCGGCACCUCCUGGAAUGGAAUAAAUAUAUGUUGUUGUUUAUAAUAAAUAUUUUAUAUACAGUGUA